AUGAAGCGCAACACAUUCUCUCAACCCAAGCCUACCAAGUCAAAGAAGCUGUCAACUUCUUCUGAUUCAAGCAAAGAUGGCCCGAAGUUUAUUGUAUAUGGCCCAACUAUCCAGAAGUCUGAAGAAAGUACCAGAAUAGACUCGGUGCUGAUCAAGAAAAGAAAACAGGGGACAUGGGACCAGGAAAGAGAGCUGGUAUUAAUGGAGGCCUACAAUCAUUAUUGCCUAUUUGCAGUCUCUCAUAGACAAGUAGAAGAAGCGUGGGAACAAGUAACUGCUGCGGUCAAUGCUGUUUACCUUAACUACAAACAAGCACUUACCAGCAGAAGUGUGCAGAAUAAAAAAGACGUACUCUUUAGCAAGUUCCAGUCCCUUUUUGACCAGCAUUCAAAUAAGAAGUUUUCUGAGGUUAAUAUGGAUAUCCCAACUCAUCUUGGAAGAGCUAUUUAUUCCGCAAUGAAGACAGAAGAAGAUGCCAAGAGCAUCAAAGAGCUCAAAGAUCUUGUGAAGGCCGGAAAGACAAAAGAUAUGAGAUUACUUAAUGAUAAGCUCAUGUCUUUUGCCAAGUACGUCCAGGAAACACCUUCAAAGAACGAGAAAAAAAACACUGAAGUAGAUAAAGUUCCUGAGGUAAAGCCAAUGCCAGCCAAGGGGCAGCAGCAAUUGGUUGAGCUGUUGGAGAAACAGAUGGAGAUCUUGAAAAGACAAGCAGAGACAAAUGAGGGGGUUCUCCUGGUACUGCAAAGCUUGGAGAAGCAUAUUGGAGAGAGUAGCAAGUCUCAGACCAUCAUUGCUGACUCUCUCUCUCUUUGCCAAAAAUCAUAA